AUGCUGACAUCGUCUCAGUUGAAGUCAAUUCCUACGGUCGGGUCAUCUGGUAUCAUCGGGUCAUGGAUAGACGCUUUCCAGUUCGUUUUCCACGCAAAGGAAAUCAUCGAAGAGGGUCAUAGAAUGUAUGGAUCAGUGUUCAAAGUACCCUUGCUCGAUAGAUGGACGGUUGUGGUUAGCGGAGCAGAGAAGAUUAAUGACCUUCGAAAGGCGUCAGUGGAAGAACUGGCUUCCAUAGUCAUGAGUGAAGACGUGAGUAUGGACUAUACUUUUGGCCGCUACAUCAGGAUUGACCCUUACCACUUGGAUGUUGUACGAGGCGCCUUGACCCGCAACAUUGGUACUUGCUUUGCGGACGUUCAGGAUGAGAUUAAAGCGGCUUUCAGAGACAAUAUACCGAUUACUGAAGACUGGAUUGAGAUACCUGCAUACGAAACUAUUUUGCAAAUUGUAUGCAGAGCUAGCAACCGGAUGUUUAUCGGGCUGCCUCUCUGCCGGAACCGCGAUUAUAUUAAACUCAAUAUCAACUACACCAUUGAAAUCUUUACUUUCGCUCGUAUUAUUAACAUUCUCCCUACGGUCCUGAAGAUAAUCGGGAGUGCUAUCUUCACUCCUCGCAGGCGAGCUGUAGCCAAGGCAGAAAAAUUACUUGGCCAAACCAUUCGGGAGCGACUGCACCAGGAGGAUGUCCAUGGCAGACAUUGGCCGGGAAAACCAAAUGAUCUCCUCUCGUGGCUGCUCGACAUAACUCAUGGUGAUGAAAGAAGGCGUACAGUAAAAGAUCUAAGUACUAGGGUGCUCUCUUUGAAUACGGCAGCCAUCCAUACGACGUCUAUGACGUUUACUACUGCCCUGUACGCAUUGGCUGCGCAUCCUGAAUAUGCUGAAACUCUUCGAAACGAGAUUGAAUCUGUCAUCAGAGAGGAAGGAUGUACGAAAGCUGCAAUGGGAAAGAUGAAUCAGCUCGACAGCUUUGUGAAGGAAGCUCAGAGAGUGUAUGGGACCAUGGGUGUCUUCGGGAUGCAACGUACGACUCGGAAGGACUUUGUAUUUUCGGACGGGACAGUAGUUCCCGCUGGGUAUCAAAUCGUUGUGGCCGCUUUGUCCACACAUACAGACGAAGAGAACUAUGAAGACCCAUUGGAAUUCAAGCCGUGGAGGUUCUCUGAAAUGAGACAACAAGAAGGCGAAGGUAUCCGCCACCGUAUGGCCACACCGAGUCUGGAUUUCGUUUUCUUUGGCCAUGGGCGGCCAGCAUGCCCAGGCCGUUUUUUCGCUGUUAACGAGUUGAAGGCUCUCAUGUCCCACGUUCUCUUGAACUUUGACGUGAAGAUGGACAAGUUCCCUGAACCUAUCUGGUUUUCCGAUGCUCAAAGGCCAAAUGAGAGCGGUAAGGUAUUGUUCAGGAAGCGCGUAUGUACCCCGUGA